GCGCUAACUACAUAAGAGCAGGUUCCCUGCACACUCAGCAGAACCAAGGCAACAAACUAAAGACAUCCUAUCUCCUUCAGAAUUGUGGUUUGAUUCCGCUCUGCACCACCAGGACCUCUUUACAGAGCCACGACCACACAUCCAGCCAUGCGGUUCAGCGUGAUAUUCUUUCUCAUCCUAGCCUGUCUAUACUUCACGCUGGCACAAGGUUCCUAUGAAGACUGCUGUCUGAAGUACGUGCGGAGGGUGAAGAAGAGUGUUGAGAGGAUGGUAACGAGUUACCGGAGGCAGGAGACGGACGGGGGUUGCAACAUCCCUGCCAUAGUGUUCACGAUGAAGGGGGGCAGGUUGUUCUGUGCUGACCCCAGAGAGAAGUGGGUGAAUGGACUGAUGCUGAAGGUUCGAUCCAAGAAGAGUAAAAAGCACACGAGGAGGCCAAAGAGGCUGAGAAGCUAGAAGCUCUGCCAUUCACUCUGCCAUCCUGCAGUGACGAGUCCUGUCGUAAAUCAAUACGAUUUUUUUAUGAUGUCUGGUCAUUUGAGAGACAUUUUUGCUUUCCUACUGCAGAAGGCAUCUGCAGAGAUCUGACUGGUAAUGAUGCUACAGUGUAGUUCUGCUAUUCCUUUAACAGAGACCCAUACCUGUUGAAGCCAGCCCAGCCAUUCUGUAUGGUUGCAUUUUACUGUAUAGCAAGCCUGUUGGAAUCUGUGUGUGUGUGUGUGUGCGCGCGCGUGUGUGUGUGUGAGCGUGUGUUUGUACAGUUGUAAUUUUGUGUGUAGCAUAAAACCUGUAUUGAACACCAACCAAAAAAGUAUAAGUGCCUACAAUUUCUGAUUGAAAUCUCUUUGUGUUUGUGUGUUCUUUGUAUGUUUUCAUAUUGUGGAUUUUUGUCAACUAUAUUUGUUUUCACUAACAAAGGCUAAUAAAGUUGUUUACUGCA